CCAGGGUCAGCGUUUGCAUGAUUUCACUGGAACCUGAUAGCCACCCUGUUGCCAUGUCGACCUCAUCGCUAAGGCGACAAGUGAAGAAUAUUGUUCACAAUUACUCUGAAGCAGAGAUUAAGGUCAGGGAAGCAACUUCCAAUGACCCCUGGGGUCCAUCCAGUUCUCUGAUGUCAGAGAUUGCAGAUCUGACUUAUAACGUAGUGGCCUUCUCAGAAAUCAUGAGCAUGGUGUGGAAGAGACUCAAUGACCACGGGAAGAACUGGAGGCAUGUGUAUAAGGCUAUGACACUUAUGGAGUAUCUGAUUAAGACGGGUUCAGAAAGAGUGGCACAGCAAUGCAGGGAAAACAUCUACGCUGUCCAGACACUCAAAGACUUUCAAUACAUAGACAGAGACGGAAAAGACCAGGGUGUAAAUGUACGAGAGAAAGCCAAGCAGCUGGUGACUCUUUUGAAAGAUGAGGAAAGGCUACGGGAAGAGAGGAUCCACGCACUCAAGACCAAAGAGAAGAUGGCACAGACCUCAAGUGCGUCUUCGGCUCCCUCGGCUCCUACUUUAGGACUGCACUCGGGUUCGGGUUCGGAUUCGGACCAGGCGUGGCCACAGAGCUCAGGGGAGGAGGACCUCCAGCUGCAGCUGGCCUUGGCCAUGAGCAAGGAAGAGGCGGAGCAGCCAGUGAGCCUAAUAAAUAAUCAGACUAGUGCUGACCCUCUGGAGGAUGCAGAACUCCGCUACGCGCUCACACUCAGCAAGGAGGCUCACCAAGAGGAGGAGCGUCUGCGCAGGGGAGAUGAUCUAAGGCUGCAGAUGGCCAUCGAGGAGAGCAAGAGGGAGAAAGUCAAACCUGAGGAGUCCUCCCUGAUGGAACUUAGUGCUGUAGACCCGUGGGGAGCUCCUGCAGCUCCAAGCUCCACUGGCCCAUCUCCUCCUCCAGCUGUGACCCCUGCCCCUUCAACAGGACCCUGGGGCCACAGUGACCCCUGGGGGGCAGCGUCCCCUGCCUCUCCUCCCAGUACCGACCCAUGGGGGGGCGGGCCUCCUUCGGUAGCCCCUCCUCCAGAUCCAUGGGGGGAAAGUUCCACAGUGAAUUCUGACCCCUGGGCAUCUACAGCCGUGACCCCUCCUAGUACAGACCCUUGGGCUCCGUCAGUGCCUGCAGCCCCAACCUCACUCUCAGGGUCGUCCGAUCCCUGGGCUGGGGAAGGGGUUGCCCCCACAAGUGAUGCUCUGACCUCUGACCCCUGGAGUGGUCCCACUAAACACACAAAUGGCACAGGAGAUCCAGACAGGAGUGGCUCCACACUAACGGGCAGCGAUGCAGGUGGUGGAGGAAGCACAGGCUCUCCAGUACCGUUUGACCUCUCCUCGCUCGGCUCCUCUCUGCCGGUUCGGAAAACGCCGGAGUCGUUUUUGGGGCCCAACGCAGCGCUGGUGGAUCUGGACUCCCUCGUAUCGUCAAAACCCAAACCCAGAACGACCCCUCCCAGCAUGACUUCAUCUCACAACCCUUUUCUUCAGUCACAGAGCCCCUCACCUGCACCAGGUGUGGCAGUCACUCCAGGCAGCACCAUUUCGAGCCGGGGUGUGUCACCAACGCCGGCGUCCUCUUCGAACCCGUUUGGUGUGACCCCAAUGGCCUCCAUUUCCCCUCAGCCUUCCUCGCUUGGUCUAAGCCAGCUCCGUACCAGUCCCGUUCCUCCUAACCCUAUGCUGAGCCAGAUGCCUCCAAUGGGAAUGGCACAGCCAGGGAUGAGUAUGCCAGGAAUGGGGGUCCCUGUGGUGGCCCCCGGCAUGAGCAUGGGAAUGGUACAGUCCAGUCCGAUGGGAAUGCCUUUCAGUGGAAUUUCUCCGAUGGGCCCUGUGGGAAACUCCAUGCUGAUGGGCUCAGGGGGAGUCACUCAGCCAGCACUGGUUUUGGGUGGCCCAUCGGGAGUAGGCGGGGUUAUGGGUGCUGGAGGAUCUGUGACAGGGGGUGGGGCUACAGGUGCAAGCACCAAUCCGUUUCUUCUCUGAGAAAUUUCACAUCUCCCCUUCUGACCUUUCCACUUGAAAAACUGCCCCAUCAGCACCGUGUGCAACACGAGAGAAUUUGUGC